UAGAUCCCUCAUAAAUACAUAUACCACCAGAAAAAAGAAAACACGAUAUAUUUUUUUGUAACAAUUAUUAAAAAUACGGCCAAAACUUAGCCACAAAGGGCAGUAAUUUUAGAAUAUUUCUUUGAAAUCUCUUCCCAGUGCGUUGUGCUGUGACGUGACUGUGUCUGUGUGGGUGUGUGUUUUGUAAAAGACAAGAAGAUUGAAUUCAAAUAAAAAAAAUCAUGGUGCAAGACAACAACGAGGAAGAGAGGAGCGUUUUUGUGCAAUAGAUUUUCAUUGGAACAUUGAAUCCUUGAAACGAAAUUCGAAAUAUUCUACAGUAAUCAUCAACGUUGUCGUCAUUGUCACCAUCCAUCCAUCCAUUCUUCACGUCGAUCGAUAUUGCGUACAAGCAAGCCAUCAUCUAUGGAACCAGCAAUCUUCCAAUCGAUAUGUUGCUAUUCUUUUCCAAAAUAUUUUGAAAAAUUGCCAACAAAGGAAGCAAAAGGGGAAACUACAUUGGGAUUUCAAGAAUAACAACUUCAGGAUAAUGUAGAUUUUGCGUAGUAACGUAGUGCCAAUUUCAGCCAGUAUAUAAUAAAUAGUAAAUGCAUUAGAUCAGAUUUCAGAAAUUUCCAACAGCACAUCAGACAAACAACAACCAGAAAUUAUCAUUUGCACAAUUCAACAAAAUACUAGAGCCUACCUACAGCAAACAAAAAUAAAUCCCCCCUGCGCACAUUUUCACUUUCAAUGCAACAACACAAUCCGAACAAACUUCAUUCGAACGAAAUUAACCAGUACCAUCAUAGAAGAAGAGUAGCAAAAACAACAACAGCAGCAGCAGCAACAACACAAGAGAGCCCCCCUGCAGCAGAACAUACAAUUACCAAGUAGACUUAACACAAGAAGAAGAACUGCCACUAUAUUACGUUCGGUACCAAAGCAAAUAGAAGACCUUUUAAUUAUUUUUUAUUGUAAUUUAGACUGUAUACCAAAAGGCAGAAGCGAAAGAAGUUCGUUUUUACAGAACAAAAGAAACAAAAUCGAGAAUAAAGGAAUUCAAAUUCAAGACGUUUUCCCGCUAUGGGAAACUGCCUGAAAUGCUUCCAGUCGACAUCAGAACAUCCGUCAAACACAUUGGGUAGUGGUGUCGCUACUUCAUCGUCUAUGCACUCUGGCUGUCACCCUACUACACACAUUGUAGAUGGUCGCUACACAGGCUUGGCGGCGACAACAGCAACAACAAACAUAAACGCCAAUGAUGGUAAUCAUCAGCAACUGCCACAUCAUUUGCAUGUUGUAAGAGCUACUUUCUCCUCCAAGGAAAGAUCUCAUGAAACUGAUGAACUGCUCUCUACCAGAAGUCCACUCAAACCAGCAAACCAUUGUGAUACAAAACGUAGUAGUUUUAAGAAAUCGUUAGCACUGCUUAAUGGUAAUGCAUCAACCAUGUGCGAUAUUAUAACAGCGGUUAAGGAAACAUCUGAAGUGUCCGAUAAUACCCUGAACAAAUUAUUUGAGGAAUAUAAAGAGCCAGACGAGGACAUGAUAUUGGCAGAUGGUAUCGAACGUUUAUGUUGUGAUCUCAAUUACCAACCAGAUGAAUUUGCCAUUUUGGUGCUAGCCUGGUGCUUAGAUGCUUCACAGAUGUGUCGCUUUACACGUAGUGAAUUUAUAGAAGGUUUACAUAAAAUGCGAGCCGAUACUAUAGAAACCAUACGCAUAAGACUGGAGCAGACAAUCGAAACAUUAAAAGUCGAUUCCGAAAUGUUCAAACAGCUAUAUAGAUUUACAUUUAGAUUUGGCCUGGAACCAGAUCAAAGAAUUUUAUCCUUAGAUAUGGCCAUUUCAUUGUGGAAAUUAGUAUUUACCGUACACACCCCCGAUUUACUUAGCAAAUGGAUACAUUUCUUAGAGCAACACCCUAGUAUAAGAGGCAUUCCAAAGGAUACCUGGAACAUGUUCUUAAACUUUUCGGAACAGUGUGAUAUAAACAAUUACGAUGACACGGAAGCAUGGCCAAGUCUAUUCGACGAUUUUGUAGACUACGAAAAAUCGCGCUUAGAAACUGGCGACGAUGACAACAACAAUGACGAUCCUUUGCAACAAAAACAAAUGCAAGAUAAUUCAAGCUCAAUUAAUGUAUUAUAGUAUUAAGACCAGAGAGACAGCCACAACAGUAGCACAUGCAAAGUAAUUUCGUUCGUUGCCGUUCCCUUCAUCAACAUGAAUGGAGGUGGUGGGCGUGUUAAAUUAUAGUUAGAUGUGUAAAUUAAAUUGUAAAAUAUUCAUGAAAUUCUCUGCAGGAUUGAAUUCCCUUGAGAUGUUUCAUUUCGUUUUUAACAUUCCCCGAAUAUCCAGAACCCCCGACUGUCGAUUUGUUGUAACCACUCGCCCCAAAUUUUGUUGGAUGUCGUUUUUUCGGUGCUGGUAACCCUGUCAAGAGAAGAACGAUCUCAACAUUUUUACAUUUGAAUCUGAAGAAUUGUUUGUGUAACUUUCAUUAUUGUACAUAAUCUUUAUUUGAAAACUACAAAAAAAAUCAUGUAACUCAUUGCUGACGAAAAACAAACAAGAAAAAAAAAACACAAGAAAUGUAUUUAUUUGAAUUAGAUAAUACAUUAUUUCACAUACAUACUACAUUAAAAACAAAAAAAAAAAAAAAAAAAAAAACAAUACCAUGAUCGAUCAUGUACGUGAUGGAUUUGCAUUUUACAAAUAAUAAUAAAAAUAUAUACAUACACAUUAAAGAA